AGCAUAGCUGUUCAUGCUUGUUGAAUAUGUUUGAUUGUAAGAUUAUGUAUUGGAAAGAAAAAUGCUGUUGUAAGUUAUAGUGAAACAUUGUUAAUUGGAAUUUUAAAAAGAUUUUUAAUGGAGAAUGUGCGGCUAUAUGUUCUCACUGGACUUUUUGGAGCCUUGUUGGUAGUUUGUUCCGGGGUAACACUAUUUCAUAUUUUGAAAGCCAAGUUUGACGACAGAAUAGAAAAAAUGUUUGAGGGCUUAGAAAGUGAAAUAAAACACACGUUUACACACUGUGAAGAAGGUGUACUGCGGGGUGAAUUUUACCUGGCUGACGAAAACUAUAUUAAAGCUGACAAUGAAACAGAUAUUUCAGAACUAUAUACAGAAGAAAUGUUGUGUCAGAAUCCUACAGGAAACAAAUUAUCCAAAGAGCUUCAGGCCUACUGCAAUGCCACCCAGCGUUUGGAUGCCAGAAUGAAUAUUCUUGAAAACACAAUCAGUGAAGGUGGCAAAAAGGGUGAAAGGGGAAAGAAAGGAAAAGACGGAAGUCCUGGAUUGAAGGGAGAAAAGGGUUCCGAAGGCAAGACCGGGCAAAAAGGAAACAGAGGCACACGUGGCAUGAAAGGCGAUGAAGGAGAAAAAGGAAUGGUCGGUGCAGCUGGAGAUAAAGGUGUUAGAGGCGAACAAGGUCCAACUGGUCCAAAAGGUGAUACAGGGGAAAUUGGUAUACCUGGAAUACCUGGCAUGGAUGGCGAUCCAGGCUUUCCCGGGGCUCCAGGGUUAGACGGAGUUCCUGGUAGGCCUGGCUCUAAAGGGAAUAAAGGGCGAAGAGGAAUGGUCGGUAGAAAAGGUGACAAGGGUGAAAGUUCUUUCACUCAACUUGCCGGAUAGUCAAGUUUUGCCAGAGAAGAAAAGGGCUACAAUAUGUCAGCUUAAAUGGUACAGAAUCAAAACAUUCGGAAAAUUAGAACUGUUGAUCAGGUUUUGAUGUUAUUUUGAGAAAAUAUUAUAAGAUAAUAACUCUGUUAGGGUCCGAAAGAAACAUUUUAUUUAUAUCAGAGAUUGACUUUCGAAAAUCGGUGGCACUGAAAGUAUAAACUAUUCUUACUGCAUGCUGGUUAUAUAAGAUUAGAUAAAAAAAGUUAAAAUGCAUUUGUUUAGUACACUAUUCGUUUAUUUAUUUUUACUCAUCAUAGAAAUAAAAAAUAAAGGACGCAAUUAGUCUUUCAGUCGACAAAAAGUAAAAGUAUUAAUGC